UACCUAAACUUAGGGUCAACCGUGUCUCAGCAGAGGGCGUCCAGCCAGUGCUAAAAAGCCUAAAAGUGCGCUGCUCCAGUUCGCCAGUCAGCGGCCUCUUCGCUGGGGAGCUGGUCAUCCGCCUCGACUUGCCGCCCCAGGAACCGGCACAAGGCCUCGCUCAAUCUCUGCAAUUCCAACGAGCAGAGCAGAGCCCUCACGCCUGAAUCGCGAUAGCCUCGCCCACGACCAUAAACCGCCAGCCCGCCGCCCAGAUCGCCAGCGCGUGUGUGCUUCUCGUCCCCCGGGCGGCUGCCAGACACCGGCAAUGUCGACGCCUACCACGGCUCAGGUAGCCAUAACGCUCCCUCACUACCGCUACCUCCACCACCCGCCCUCCCAUCACGACGCCGACUCGUCCGCGACGGCUCGCCUUGACGACAGCUACACCUCCGCCAUGCCGGCUUCGACCAACAACGCCUCUGGCGUCGUGCCCGCCCCUGCCCGGACGGCCGCCGAGGACCAGCAGCAGCCCUCCUCCUCUAGGAAGCGUCGGCGCUCGCGGGAGCCCGACUGGAAUACCUUCUAUCGGAACGGCCUCCCCAAGGAAAUCAUCGUCAUAGACGACACGCCCGAGCCUGAGGCCAACACGAGCCGCAGGAUCGCGAAUGGAAAUGCCGUUGUGCCCGACUCGGCCGCCACGGCUGCUGCUCAGUCGUCGGCCAAGAAGCGAAGACGAGACGACCAGCCGCUGGGCUACCACGUCCAGUACGUGAACGGCUCGCACACGGCUUCGCACACAAACACGCCCCGGCCCAACACCACGCCGGGCGGCUCUACGCUCUCCAGCGACCGGACAAACUCGGCCCUCAACACCACGGCGCCCACGUCUCUGUCUUCCAACAGCCAGUAUGACGAGCUCGCCGCGCCUCUCAAGCGCAAGCGGACCACCCGCCAGCAGGUCGCUAACGAGGCCAAACGGAGGGACGUCGACGGCCUGGGAGGCGCCUUUAUGGCCUACAAGCCUCCUCCCUUUCCGCCCAAGAAGUCUGCUGAGGUUCCCGUGAGAGUUGUUAAUGACCGACACUACAACAAGAAUACCAAAGUCGAUGAUGACGACGGCCAUUAUAUCGUCGUCCCAGACGCAGAGCUCACUGAUAAAUACCAGAUUGUUCGUCUCCUCGGACAGGGAACCUUUGGCAAAGUCGUCGAGGCUCGCGACGUCAAGAGGGGCAAGCCGGUGGCUGUCAAGAUCAUUCGGUCCGUCCAAAAGUAUCGCGACGCCUCGAGGAUCGAGCUUCGCGUCUUGAACACGCUCAAGGCCAACGAUGAGGAGAACAGGAAUCGAUGCAUCCAUCUGCGGGACUGCUUCGAUUACCGUGGCCACAUCUGCAUCGUGAUGGACCUUUUGGGGCAGAGCGUUUUCGACUUCCUCAAGGGCAAUGGCUUUGUCCCCUUUCCCAACAGCCAGAUCCAGAACUUUGCCAGACAACUCUUUACCAGCGUAGCAUUCCUUCACGACCUCAACCUGAUCCACACCGAUCUCAAGCCGGAAAACAUCCUGUUGUGUGACAACUCGUAUCAAACGUUCACCUACAACAGGAAAAUUCCCUCGUCCUCUACCACAAUCAACAGACAGGCAUCUCAGCGGCGGGUGCUUCUCGACACCGAGAUCCGGCUGAUCGACUUUGGUUCGGCUACCUUUCAAGAUGAAUAUCAUUCCUCUGUUGUCAGCACUCGCCAUUAUCGAGCACCGGAGAUUAUUCUCGGCCUAGGCUGGUCAUUUCCUUGCGAUAUAUGGAGCAUCGGCUGCAUCUUGGUUGAGUUCUUCACUGGCGAUGCCUUGUUCCAGACCCAUGACAAUCUGGAACACCUCGCCAUGAUGGAGGCUGUUGUUGGCUCUCGGAUCGAUAGCCAUCUCGUUUCAGCCGUGAACAAGAUGUCGACCCGGAGUGGAGGGAACCCUGCUUCCAAAUAUUUCAAGCGUCUCAAGCUUGAUUACCCGACCCCCGAGACGACGAGGGGCUCACGACGAUUUGUCAAGGCCAUGAAGCACUUGAGCGAUAUCAUUCCUUCCAACACGACAUUUUUCAAGAAUUUCCUCGAUUUGCUGAGGAAGAUCUUUGUCUAUGACCCUGCCCACCGCAUCACGGCCAAGCAGGCCCUGAACCACCCGUGGUUCAAGGAAAUGGCCCAGCCCGACGACGGAACCGAGGCCGCCAAGAUUCGCUUCGAGCGGCGACGACUCGAGAUCGACAAGGCGAGACAGCACGCCCACUACGUUGGGUGAGCCCAUCGCCGAGAAGACGUUUCGACACAUUUCGUUUUAUAAUGACUACAUAAGCAUGAUGAGGAUCCAUGGUAGCGCGCGCACACUGGCUGUGUGUAGUGGUGGAAAGCCUACCUUUCUCCACAGGGAGAUGGCUGCGUGAUCUCUCCCCUCUCCCCCACCAGUGGCAUUGUCAUUGUACUCUAGCGCUUUGAACUGUUGCUGUUCCAACGUUCAUUUUUUUUCUCCUUUCU